AGUGCUCGUUGAUACUAUUUGUAAACCGCGCGGUUUGAGACAAACAAACGUACGCGUUAAAUCUACCUUCGCUCUUUCUUAAUUAUCUAUUUUAACCAAUUCAGUAUUCACGCCAAAAUAUACCUUAACAUAUCGUCAUUAGUGUUAUAAUCGUUCGACAAUUCACGCGAAAAUGUUCAUCCAAUCAAAGUGCAGCGCGUAAAGCAUAAUAUUGCAUGAACUAUUCUCACGAGAGUUACGAGACUGCCUUGAAUCAACACAUGCAAAAUUGAACUUAAGAUGAUUUGCACACCGAUCUAUAACGUCGUGGCAUAGACAAGAUCCAACCUAUUCAACCGGAGCGCAUUGUAACGAACACAUUUUGGAGUCUAUAAAGUGGCAAAUAAUCAAGACAGUUAUACGAAAAUACAGAUAACGAUAAAACAACGUUAUUAUUAGAUUAUUAUUAGAUAAAAAUAAUACACCACACAGAACAGAAUAAUCGUGCUGUCAUAAUAUUAUCGUGAGUUAGAAUACUCGUAACAUGGCGUCUCUGCGAUUCGAAGGUGCGCUGCAAAGCCUCAGUGAAAGACAGGAACAGUUUAUUCGUGAAGUGCUUAAAAACAGAGGAUUUGUGGACAAUAGGGUGUUCUUCGAAGCAGCAGGCAAAGCAGGUGACAACUAUGUAGCAGCUGCGUUAAGGGUGACUGUGAGCGUUGAUGGAGGUGAUGAUUUCAAGAUGAUCGCCAAAAUCGCUCCUCAAAACCAAGAUCUACGUAACACUAUGAACACAGCGUUGGCUUUUAGUAACGAAAUAGUAAUCUAUGAGCAAGUGUUACCGAAACUUAGAAGUCUGCAACUAGCGAGUGGAGUGCCAGAGGGUGAGAUAUUGAAAUACGCUAAGUGUUAUGGCUGCCAAUCAGAAGAACCAAACGAGGUGGUUCUGCUCGAAGACUUGAAGCCUUUGGGCUACGUCAUGCUGGACAGACUUGCCCCAAUGAGCGAGGAAGCCGUAUUAUUGGUUCUGAAGAACUUCGCCAUCUUACAUUCCUUGUCCUUUGCUCUAAAAACUUUAGAACCUGACACAUACAAAAAAUUCACCAGCAAAUUAGCUCAUAUUUGGAGUGCUAUUACUGGUAAGCAGGAGUUUACAGAUUAUAUGGGACAGUUAGAAAACAGCACGCUCGAUAUAUUAGGAGACGAAUCUUACAAGAAACACCUUCGUGGUGUACUCACUCAGACAGACAGCUAUGUGCAGAAAUGUAAAAAAUCCGAAACAUCGAAAUAUCUUGUUAUUCAUCAGGGAGACGCUUGGACGAACAAUAUUAUGUUCAAAUUAAACGGUCAAACACCAUCAGACGCAAUUAUGAUCGACUACCAGAUGUCCUCGGAGACAACCCCAGCAGGGGAUAUCCUCUACUUCAUGUUCAACUGCACCAGCCACGCUGCCAGGUCGAAGCACUACCGCGAAUGGCUUGGCUACUACCACGAGCACCUUGAUAAAUCAUUAUCCAGGUUUGGUCUCAAAGCCAAAAACGUUUACCCCAAAGACCAGUUAGAGUCAGACAUGAAAAAAUACUCAAUGCAGUACUUCGGUUUUGCUGUCAUGCUGUACAGCGUAUUACUAAGAAACCCAGAGGAGGCUGCCAAAAUGCACGAAGCAAUCAGCAACCAUGAGGUCGAGAAAAUGGAAGGCAUGCCGAUACAGAGUAUGAGUGGUAACACCAUCAAUAAGUUCAAAUCCAAAGUUCAGGACUUGAUCGACAGUUAUAUUGAAUUUGGAUACAUUUCUUAGAUAUUAAAGAUAGAAUAGGAUGGUUAACUUGUAGUUAUGAAUAUUUACUUAAAAUGUUAAACUCAGUUCUAUCAGUUCUAUGGCAUUACGAGUAGAUAUUAUAUUCGUAGAUGGAACAUAUUUUCUUGUAGACCACACAAGAAAAUAAAAGAGAGAAAUACUUUAGGACAUGCUAAUACCUACUAAUCGAUAGUUCAAGUUCAAAGCAAAACUUACUUCCCUACAAUAUCACGAUAGUAUCGGGACGUGUCAAUAUUAUCGAUACUGUCGAUAGUUUACGUUCAAUAAUAUUGUUUACAUCUAAACUCUCGAUAUUAACUGUCUUCCGUAGCGAUACUUGUGCCUGUAGACAAAGCAAUAUUCGUGUCAGGUUCAAUUUUCGUGAUCGUUUCAUACAGCAAACCAAUUAAGUAGUAGAUAUAAAAAAGACGUGACUACGAAAUCGAAUCUGUCACGAACAUUACUUUGCCUAGAAGACCACUCACGUAAUUUACAUAUUAAAUAAAAUAUCGGAGGUACUUUCAAUUGUGUGGAUAGUAUUGACACAGUGGGGGCGUUUGGCCGAAACUAGAAUUUGUUAGCAAAAUGGCGAUCGCCAUGGCAACCGCCGAAAACUUUAGCAUAUUUUUUAACUUCAAAAGUGACGUACCUAUUCCCAUACAUUUUCGCACAGGUCGCCAUUUUUCUUACUAGCGCUAACAAUGCUAUUUUCGGCCAAAUGCGCCCAGUGUUAUAUUGAUAUCGAUGUCGCUAUCCUAAUAGUUCUCAACUAUCGAUAGUUAUACAGCACUAUUUGAUUUGAUUUGAUUAUUCUCUCGAGUGAGUCCAAAUGAACUGUCCGAUUCAUCUUUUAGGAUUAUUAUGACAAAGUGUCAUAUUUUUUAUUAAACUUAUACAUUCUUUUCUAUGACAGCAUUUAAAAUAAUUAACUAUAAAUGACUGUGGAAUUUAAUGUGAAUAUUAUGAUUUUUAUGUUUUGUCUAUGACAGCGUCAUAAUAAAUGGAAUAUCGUGUAAUAUCACAUGAAUGGAAUUAAUUGUGGAACUUACGAUGACAAUUAAAUAAUUUUAGAUUA